AUGGUACCUGACGGACGUGGAUACGACGCAUAUGAUUUGUGGGAUCUUGGCGAGUUUGAUCAGAAGAAGACCAUUGCCACUCGAUGGGGGACUAAAUCUCAACUCCUGGCCGCCAUUGCCGCAGCAAAGGACGUUGGCAUCGAAGUAAUUAUUGAUGCUGUUCUGAAUCAUAAGCUUGGAGCAGACGCCAAGGAAACAAUUCAAGCGGUUGAGGUUGACCCAAGGAAUAGGAAACGAUCUCUUUCUGGAGUAAAGACCAUAGAGGCUUGGACAAGGUACAAUUUCACUGGGCGAAAGGGUCAAUACAGUCCAAUGACAUGGAAAUCCGAUCAUUUUACUGGUAUUGACUGGGACUCUCGCGGGAAGAAGAGUGGUGUCUUCAGGAUUACUGGUCCAGGUCAUCACCAAGGCUGGAGCCAACGCGUGGACGAUGAGCUUGGAAACUACGAUUAUCUUCUCGGCGCCGAUAUAGACCAUCGUCAUCCGGAUGUACAAAAGGACCUCGAGGCUUGGGGUUCAUGGGUAAUUCAAGAAACUGGUGCUACCGGGGGAUUCCGACUCGACGCCAUCAAACACAUGGACUUUCAAUUUCUGGUCGACUUUCUUCGACAUACUCGAGAGGCGAUAAGCUCUCCGAGCCUAUUUGCAGUGGGAGAAUAUUGGGUAUCUGAUGCACGGAUUCUACGCCGUAGAAUGUCGAGAUUCGACGGCGAGCUCGCCUUCUUUGACGUGCCCCUUCACCACACCUUUCACACUGCAUCCAAGAUGGGCGAGGAGUUUGACCUGCGGACGAUUAUGAAGAACAGUUUGAUGCGACUCUGUCCCGAGGAUGCAGUGACAUUUGUGGACAACCAUGAUACCGUCAUUGGGCAGACACUAGAAAGUUGGGUUGACGCAAAGUUCAAACUAUCGGCAUAUGCUAUCAUCCUCUUGAGACCAGAAGGAUAUCCAUGUGUCUUUCAUAAUGACCUCUACAAGCCAGACACUUCCGAAAUUGCGACUGGCCUUCGCAGGCUCAUGAAAGCGCGCUACAAGGUCGCUUAUGGUCCUACGAGGGAUUACUUCCUCCAGAAGAAUUGCAUUGGUUGGGUAAGAGAUGGGAACGAUCAAUCAGAGACCGGCUGCGUCGUCGCAUUGAAUAACAGUUCUCGGGCCACCACUCUCCGUAUGCGAGGUAUCAAGGGCAAUGCCAAUGUCGAAUACACCAACAUUAUCCAUCCGAAUCAUCACGUGCAGACGGACAAUAACGGGGAAGGAGAAUUCAACUGUCCUCCCUUUUCUGCCAAUGUGUGGAUCCCAUCCUCUGUGAUAGAGCUGCUACACACAGACAACAACUUGUAG